AUGGAUAACAAGACUUGGGAUGCAGAUGUUUUGCUCUUGGAGGGUCUGAGGGUCGAUCCCGGUUACUCCAUGGCGGUGUUCCUCCUCCUGCUCCUCGUCUACAUCUUCAUCCUGGUCUCCAACAUGGGCCUGGUGCUCCUCAUUUUCACAGAGAAGACCCUGAGGACGCCCAUGUACCUCCUCUUCUGCAACCUGAUCAUGAAUGACGUUUUCGGAGCCACCAUCAUCAUCCCGCACGUGCUCAUGGACAUCUCCUCGCCGUCGGACCAGAGGCGCAUCCCCUUCGCCUUCUGCGCCCUCCAGGCCUUCUGCGUGAACCUGUACGGCAGCACGUCGCACACGGUUCUCAUGGCGAUGGCGUUCGACCGCUACGUGGCGAUCUGUAACCCGCUCAGGUACUCUUCCAUCAUGAGUACCCGCAUGGUGCUGUGCCUGUCGCUGGCCUCGUGGGGGAGCACUCUCGUCAUGGUGGCUGUGCUGCUCGGUCUGACCCUGCGCCUCUCCCGCUGCAGGCACAUCAUCCCCAACCUCUUCUGUGAUAAUGCGUCUCUGUUUCAGCUCUCGUGCGAAGACCUCCUCAUCAACAACGUUUUCGGUCUGGUCUAUACCGUCCUGCUGCUCGGCUCCUCCCUCCUCGCUGUCGCACUCACGUACUUUAAAAUCGCGUGCGUGUGUCUUCGGCGCCGCAGUGCGACCUUAAACCGCCGCGCCCUCCACACCUGCGCGUCUCACCUGUGCGUGUACCUGCUGCUCCUCAUCUCGGCCUUCUCCGUGGUGACGCUGCACCGUUUCCCACGCUUCUCGCAGCAGAAGAAGGUGGUGUCCGUGGUGGGCGAGGUGCUUCUGCCGGCGCUCAACGCUCUCAUCUACGGCGUGCAGAUUCGAGAGAUACGAGCGCGAGUGGGGGUGCUGUUCUGUCCCUCCCAUAUGAUCCUUGCCUGCUGCGGUCUUCCUGGUGUGGUGGUUAGUAAGUGUGGUGAUGGAGAUGAAGUACUGAGGAGUGGAGAUCUGGAUCUUCCAUGCCCUCCAUCCCUGCCCCUCCUCCUGCUCUCAGAGGAGAUCGUAGGUGUUGAAGGUGUUGAUGGUUCUGGACGGAUGCAGAACCUCUCCUCUGUGGGGCCGUGGCUGCAGGUGGAGGGCUUCCUUCUCUCUGGAGGCUGGUCCCUCGUGGCGCUGGUCUGCUUCCUGCUGCUGUACAUCGUGGUACUAGUGGCCAACGGUAGCAUUGCUGUUGUUAUAGUGCGUGACCGUGCACUGCACACACCCAUGUACCUCCUGUUUGUGCAACUUACAUUAAACGGCGUCAUGUUGAAUUCGGUGAUCAUGCCACAGGUGCUGAUGGACCUGCUGCGCCCACCAAAGCACCGGGUGAUCCACCUGUCGAUGUGCAUCCUGCAGGCGUUCCUGGUGCACGUCAGCAGUGCUGCAUCGUACACAGUUCUCGUGAUCAUGGCGUUUGACCGUUACAUGGCGAUCUGUAACCCGCUUAGGUACACCACCAUCAUGAGCGGCCGCAUGAUAGUGACACUAACAGUGUUAGCGUGGGGCGGGGCUGUGGUGGUGGUGAGUAUUAUGAUUGGUGUGACACUUCGGCUGAGUCGAUGUCGCUCAAUGAUUGAAGGGUUGCACUGUUCAAACCCGUCUCUGUAUAAACUGUCAUGUGAAAACACUUUUCUCCAGAACAUCUUGGCUCUGCUCAUCACUGCUCUGCUGCUCGGCGGCUCCAUCAGUGUCAUGCUCUUCACUUACCUCAGGAUCACUGUGGUCUGUGUGAGAAACCAGAGCUCCAAGCUGAACAGAAAAGCCCUACAGACCUGCUCCACACACCUGCUGGUGUACCUCCUCCUGCUGCUCUCCGGCCUCUCCGUUGUGGGGCUCCAGAGGGUUCAGGUGUUGGUGGAGGAGAGGAAGAUCAUCUCUGUGCUCAAAGACCUCUUGUCUGGAGCUCUCAACCCAAUCAUCUACGGUCUACAGAGCAAGGAAGUGCGACGCUACCUGCUGUCCUGCAGCGGGGGCAGGACUCACACACAUAACCCCACUUCCAUUGCUGCCUCUGCUGCUGCCCCUGCUGGUGCCUCCGCUGUACACCCUCCCCGUGAAACUCUAGUUCCUCAUCCUGAGCCAUACAAUGGGGACCUGGAUUGUGAGGCGAAUGCUGCUAAGGGGCUUCUAGAUCUCCACCAGGGAAACAAGAGUGUGGCAGACUACUCCAUUCAGUUCCGAAUCUUGGCUGAGGAAUCUGGGUGGAAUGACACAGCUUUAAAGGGAGUUUUCUGGCAGGGAUUAACUGACACUCUAAAAGAUGAAUUAUCAGUCCGUGAUGACCCUGUCUCUCUGGAGGAACUUAUCUCUCUUUCUAUUCGUAUCAACAACAGGCUGCGCGAGCGAAGGCGAGAGAGAAUUCCUCACACUACAUCCUCUGUGCCUCGCUCCUCACCUCCAGCCCAAAUUCAGCCUGUCGGUAAUGUUCCUGCUCUGCCCCCCGCUUCUCUAUCCCCAGAGGUUCCUAUGCAAAUUGGCCGGGCCAAGUUGACUGUUCAGGAGCGGUCACAGAGACUUCGAGCUGGCGAGUGCUUGUACUGCGGUCAAGGUGGUCAUUUUCUCAUUCAAUGUCCUGUCCGUCCAAAAGAGCCCGCUCAUCAGUAA